GGCUUGAAUUCACAAGACGCCCUCUACUUUUUCUCUCUCCUCUCGCUCGCUCGCUCUCUCUCUCUCUCAAAUUUGUUGGCUUUUCAAUCUCUGCCGAAAGAAGUAGAAGAUGGUUAAAGCAUACUCACAAGAACACACUUUCAAGCAUCCAUGGGAGCGAGUAACCUCUGCAUCUUGGCGCAAGUUUUCUGACCCUGAGAACAAGCGCACAUUGUCCCACAUUGUUGAAGUUGACACUUUAAACCGCAGGCUUGAUCCUCAAUCAGGAAAGCUUUACACGACACGUGCCAUCGCCAUUCAUGCCCCAGGACCAUGGUUCCUUCGGAAAAUCGUUGGGCAGGAUAUCUGCCACUGUGUUGAAUCAACUGUUGUGGAUGCCCAAUUUCGGUCCAUGCAACUCACCACUCGCAACAUCAGUAUGCAGAAGUUUGUAGAAGUGGAGGAGAGGAUUCGCUAUGACCCCCAUCCGGAUAAUACAAACGGGUGGACAAUUUGCAGGCAGGAAACUAGCAUACGAAUAAAGCCUUUGUCAGCACUAGCAUCGAUGGCAGAGAAGAUAGAGCAGAAGUGUGCUGAGAAGUUCCAGCAGAACAGUGUCAAGGGUAGAGAGGUCAUGGAGAGGAUUUGUAAGUACCUUGAAGCUGAAUCCAGAGGAAUUUCGCUAUGAUUUAACUUGUUUAAUUUUGACUGUACGCUAUACAAUUAUUUGGGGCUUUAGACUCUGUUACAGAGAAAUUACCAUAAGAAUCUAAGUGAACCCCUCCAUUGAAUUUGGUUUCGCGCAGUGCCUCUGUAUAGGGCUGUUAAGUUCUUUGAUGAAAGAAAUCAGCUGAGGAAUGUAAUGGACUGAAACUAGGGAGGUUGACUUGGUUUCCUCCUAAACAAUGUGGAAUUUUGAUGUAGUUUAACUUCUAUUUCGAGGAAAUUUGUUUUUCGCAUUUUUUAAUUUGGUUCUGGAAAGUAUGCAGUCCUUUGGAAUGGAUGAUUUUCUAUUUGAUUUUGGCUUGUCUAAUACAACUAUACAAGGCCUUUGGUAGAGUACAGUAAUGAAACAAGAUUUAUGUAAUUGAUCACAAAUUGUUG